CUGGAUCUGUCAUUUUCUCAAGGGACUUUGAGUGGUUCGUUUUUAACGACUCCUCCACAAGUUCCUCCAUCAUGCUCAACAGUAGCAUGCACAGUCCCUUGCCCGAGGAAUCGUACUUGGUAUCAGGAAGACCACGUCGUGCAUUCGGGACUGUAGGGGUGGUCGUCAUAAUACUUGUCACUAGCUGCAUCAGCCUGCUAACAGUCCUGGGCAACGUUCUGGUUCUGCUUUCAAUCAAAGUCAACCGCAAUCUCCGAACCAUCAACAACUACUUCCUUUUUAGUCUUGCUUGUUCGGACCUUAUCGUCGGUGUUUUCUCCAUGAAUCUCUACAUUGUGUACGCCGUAAAGGGAUAUUGGCCUUUGGGACCACAGAUGUGUGAUUUGUGGUUGGUUGUGGAUUACGUGGUGAGUAACGCCUCUGUGAUGAACCUCCUACUGAUCUGUUUUGACCGGUACUUCUGUGUGACCCGGCCUCUGAGUUACCCAACCAAACGUACUGCAAGGUGGGCUGGGGUGAUGAUUGCCGCGGCUUGGUUACAGUCUCUGCUUCUCUGGGCUCCAGCUAUCCUGCUUUGGCAGGCUGGGAGGGACAGGAGCAAGGUCACAGAGGGACAAUGUUACAUCCUGCUCCUCGCGAACCCUGCUGUAACCCUGGCAACCACUAUCCCAGCGUUCUACAUUCCCGUUGUAAUAAUGACGGUACUGUACACGAAAAUAUCCCUGGCCAGUCAGAGACGGGUUCAUAAGUUGAUGCCUGAAUCCGCAAACCUGCUUGAUCAGUCUAAGACAAGUGGAGGAACGUCAACCGCAAACCCUGACCUAGUGAAUGACAUUAAAUCGGAUGACUCAUGCACAUUUAAACAUGAUUCAAAGCUCGUUAGAAUGAAACGGCUCUUUUCUGUAGAGUUCAGCAAGACUGAUGACUCCUUGGAGUCAAGUCCUGAUUCCUCUAUGGAAGAACGAGGGCUGGAUGCAGCAACCUCAAGACCGAAGACCUUGACCGUGUGUGUGGAAACUAGCAGGACAACGCAACCUCACUGUUUUCAAAACCAUACUGCCAUUCAGGUUCAAGGUCAAGCGUCCAAGGUUGUCUCCAAGAAUGCCAGACGGAAGGCUCUGAGAGAGAGGAAGGUGACAAAGACUGUCCUUGCUGUUCUUCUGGCCUUCAUUGUUACUUGGACACCUUAUAGCGUUAUGGUUCUGAUUGGUACCUUCUGCCGUUGGUGUGUCCCUGAAAUUCUGUGGAUGGUGGGUUACUUUAUGUGCUACAUCAACAGCACGGUAAAUCCAGUGUGCUACGCACUCUGUAACGCCACCUUCAAAAGAACCUUUAAACGACUGUUGAUGUGCAAGUUCAGAAAUCUGACAUUAAAAUGA